CAGGAAAGUGACUUCCGGUCAUGGUGCUUUCGAUCCAUCGAUGUUUCGAACGAAACCUCGGACCGUCGUCGGUUCUUUAUUCUUUGGGGCCUAGGUGCCGGUGCUACUGCAACGCAUCUGCAACGAAUCUUCUGCUGAUGUUUGUUGUGCCCAUCAAGAUCUAGCCUAUCUCUUGCAUUGUUGACAACAAAAAGCCGCAAGGGCUGAUUGCUGCUGGUUGGCUCAGUGCAGAAUCUGGCCUUACAAAUGCGAUGAGCCUAGCUGAAAGUAUCACUGCCAAAACGACAUGCCACGCCCCUUCCAAAGUUGUCGGUCAAGUCGAGAUUGGCACACAGUGCAGCUUGCCUCUGGCUGACAAGUCUGUCGGGUGCUCCUUCAAAGCAUGCAGCGUGUCGAGGAGCAUGCAGACUACGGAGACUGUUGAUCAUUUAAGUGCUACCUCAGGAUCAAAGCAUUCAUCCUGCCCAGCAACUACUGAGGAUGACGAGUCGCAGCAAGGACACCUCCACCGCUGUGAUUGCUGUGACUAUGAAACUGGAAAACUGUCCAAUCUGAUAACACACAUGAGGGCAGACACAAAGGAGCGGCCAUUUCAAUGCCAUUUUUGCCCACGGAGCUUCUCACGCAGAUACCUCCUGACUAGGCAUUUGCACGUUCACUCAGGCGAGAAGCCAUUUCAGUGCCCUUCAUGCCCUCAGAGCUUCUCACAAAGUGCCAAUCUUAAAAGACACCUGCGUGUCCACACUGGCUCAAAGCAUGCAUCAACUACUGAGGAUGACAAGUCGCAAGAAGGUCACCUCCACCGCUGUGAUUGCUGUGAUUAUGAGACUGGAGAACUGUCUGAUCUGGAAACACACAUCAGGGUCCACACAAAGGCACUGCCAUUUCAAUGCCAUUUUUGCCCACAGAGCUUCUCUAGCAGAUACCUCCAGACUAGGCAUUUGCGCAUGCACACGGGCGAGAAGCCAUUUCAUUGCCCUUUUUGCCCUCUGGCCGUCUCGCAAAAGGCCCAUCUUAAAGCGCACCUGCGUGUCCACACUGGUGAGAGGCCAUUUAAAUGCGAUUUCUGCCCUCAGAGCUUUGCACAGCAAUCCAACCUGAAUGUUCAUUUGCGCAUCCACUCAGGUGAGCGGCCUUUUAAAUGCGAUUUCUGCCCUCGGAGCUUUACACAGCAAUCCAACCUGAUUGUUCAUUUGCGCAUCCACUCGGGCGAGCGGCCAUAUCAGUGCCCCUCGUGCCCUCUGGCUUUUGUGGAUAGUGGCCAUCUGACCAAUCACCUACGCACUCACUCAGGCGAGCGACCAUACAGCUGCACCAUCUGCUCCAAAAGCUUUGCACGGUCUGGUACCUUGAAGAUACAUAUGAAAACACAGCACCGUCAUGCAACGCUGAGUAAGUCACCAGCCCUGUAG